ACUCGGGCCACGACCCGGGAGCUGGCGAGGCUGCAGAGCCUACCAGCUGCAGCCCUGCAAGCGCCCCCUCUCCUCCAGGGCUGGGUUUUUCCAGCCGGAGCCCCGCUCCCUCUACUGCAAGCUCUGGAAAUUGGUGUCUGACGUCGCCGCUCCCGCACGUUGUUUAUUUACUUCCUCUUUUCUUCCCUCCGCGGAGGCUCUCCGGUCGGGAGAGCUGCAGGCAGAAAGCUGCCGGGUCGAGGAAGCAGAGAGGACGGAGGGCAAGACGGCUCAGGAGCCCCCGGCCCGCCCGCGGGGGCCAUGAGCGUCCGGCCGGACGCCCCGAGGGAGGAGGGAGAUGCCGGGGACAGGGGACCUGAGGCAGAGCCGCGGGGCCGAGCCAGCAGCCGGCAGCGCCAGCGCAGACAGGCCACCCGGUUCCUGCACAAGGACUCGGCCGACCUGCUCCCCCUGGACGGCCUCAAGAGGCUGGGCACCUCCAAAGACUGGCAGCAACCGCACAACGUGAUCCAGAGGCGUCUGGUGGAGGGGAACCCGAGCCGGCCUCUGGGGGAGCAUCCCUUGGUGCAGGCCGCGAUCCACGGCCAGGAGAGCAGGAGGAGGACCAGCAAGACAGAAAGGCCGGCUCUUCUGGUCAACUGCAAGUGCCAGGACCAGGUUCUUCAGGUGGCCGUGGACACGGGCACCCACUACAAUCAGAUCUCUGCUGGAUGCCUCAGCCGCCUGGGGUUAGGGAAGAGGGUCCUAAAAGCCCCAGCUGGGGACCUGGCACCUGGGCCUCCAGCCCAGGUGGAGCCGCUGGAGCUACAGCUGGGCCAGGCAACCGUGGCGUGCUCGGCCCGGGUGGUAGAUGUGGAGAGUCCUGAACUGUGCCUUGGCCUGCAGACUCUGCUGUCUCUCAAGUGCUGCAUUGACCUGGAGCACCGCGUGCUGCGGCUGAAAGCCCCCUUCCCUGAGCUGCCCUUCCUGCCUCUGCACCAAGAGCCGGGCCAGUGACCGCUGCCCCCGAUGGUCCCCAGGGGGAAGCUCCUUGCCUGAGGGGAAGAGCCAUGAUGGGGCAUGACUAGAGUCAGGUAGCUGAGACAGCUGGGUCUGUCCCUCUUGUCACCACCCUGACCCCACUGUCCCAUUUCCCAGUCGGCCACACUCCUCUGCUUCUCAGCACCUGCCCCAUCCCCCCAGGAGGAGUGUUCCCUGGAGGGCCCGCGAUCUCAGGGUUCUGGUUUCCCCGUCCUCUCUCAUCCCCCCCGUCCCAAGAAGAGCGGAGCUCAGUCAGGACUGCAGAAAAGGACAUCAGCAGAGCGGGGUCCUGGUUGGGCCCCUGGCACAGCAGGGGGUGGCCGGAGUCCAAGGCUGCAGCCUGCUGCUGGCCCCUGCCUGCCCCGUCCACCCCGAACACCGUCGAGGCCUGGACUCCGCGUGGCUCGCCUCACAACUAGCCCGCCCCCCUCCCCGGCCUGGGUCCCUGGCCCUGCUGUGUCCACUUCUCUGAUCUGCGCACAGCUGAGCGGGAGAGAAACGGUCACCACAACAGUAGAGGAAUGCCUGGCCCACGAGGGCCGGGGGUUCCUUCAUCACUGCCUCUUCUGGGGCUGCUAUUUACUCCAGAUACGUACCCUCCACCUGCUUCUUCACCCACUGGGCAUGUGUGGAGAGCCCUGUGGGGAACUGCCCCCCAAGGCAGGCAGGAUGGUGGCAUUGCCAGGACCCAGACUUAACCUGACCAAUAUUCCUUAUUUCUAGAACUAUCCACUUCAUUAGACCUUCUUCCCACCCCUCAUCUCUGGCCUCCUGAGCUUGAGCUGGUCUUUCUGGCAUCAGUGGCUACCCACCCCCCAAGCCCCCCCGGCCCUGAGUCCAGCAAAGACACAAGGAGGCUUUGCUACCUUCCCUGUGAAGAGCCCAAACCUCAAAGGGCCAGGCCCCCGGGUGCCUUUCUGGCUUGUUUGAGUCUCUCAUAUGUUGGAUUAGGGGAAGAGGAAGACAGCGGUAUAACUAACCCGACCAGGGGACUAGGACACUCGGGUCGGAAUCAAAACCCUGAGCCUGGUGUGGAUUAGAUCAGAGCAGAACCAGGAUCUGCCGGGAUCCCCGGCCAUACCUUUCUCAGCUGAGUCCUCUGCACCCAGAGGAGAGGAGAGGGGCUCACUGGCACAGGUGUGAGAGUGCGCUGGCCCCUCUGGCCGUGCUCCUUGACCCCUGCCCUCCCAGGCCUCGCCCUGUGCCCCUCCCUUCUGCCUCCUUUGCUUCUGCAAUUGCAGACCCAGGCCCAAGGAAGCCCUCAGCUCAGUGGCUUCUCCAUUUGAAUAAACACCUGUUUGUCUUA